AUGGCCAGUACUUCAUCAGACCGCAAACCUGUUCCUGACCGGGCCGAACAUGACGCCUGGUUCCCAUCACCGUACUCACUGACACAGUACGUGUCCCCGAAGACCAAUUUCGACGGCGUAGAUCAUCCGAACGCGUACAAGGGUGGCAAAUGGCGGAUUCUGACGAUUGCGACGCAAGAGCGCUACCUGCAAAUGGCGAACGGCGAAUUCUUCUCGACCGGCAAUCAUCCCGUCGAGACGCUCCUCCCCAUCCUCCACCUCGACGCCGCCGGGUUUGAGGUCGACAUCGCCACGGUCUCGGGCGACCCGGUCAAGUUGGAAAUGUGGGCUUUCCCCAAGGAGGACGAGGCGAUCAAGAAGAUUUUCGAAAAGUACAAGCCCAAGCUGCGUCAACCGCUCAACCUCGACCGCGUCUGGGACGACGGUUUCACGAAGGACACGCCGUACAUCGGGAUCUUCAUCCCCGGCGGACACGGCGCGCUGAACGACAUCCCCUCCUCGCCGACGGUGGGCAAGAUUCUCAGGUGGGCGGAUGCGAAUCGGCGCUACGUGAUCUCGCUCUGCCACGGACCGGCCGCGUUGCUUGCCGCCGACGUGGACAAGCCCGAAGGGACCAAGUUUAUCUACUCUGGGUACAAGAUCGACGUCUUCCCCGACGCGCUCGACAGCGGCGCCAACAUCGACAUCGGCUACAUUCCCGGGAAGAUGACUUGGCUCGUCGGCGAGGAGCUCCGCAAGCUGGGCGUCAUUCCCAUCAACAAGGAAAUCACGGGAGAAACGCAUCGCGACCGUUAUCUCCUCACGGGUGAUUCGCCUCUGGCUUCGAACAAUCUAGGCAAACUGGCUGUUCGUACUAUCCUCGACGAGCUCCCCAACUAUUCCUGA